CGGCGUGCAAUGCUGGUUGUGCCGAAGCAAUGAUUGGUCAUCACAAUCGGCAAAUGGUCAUCUGGUGAGAUUAUCUCUGUGGUUGGUGGCAGCUAUUUGAGAUUGUGUGCAGUGUUGUAGCUUAUGAGCGACAGGGAGGACACUGGAGAGAACGACCGGCUAUUGCGUUCACGUAGACGUCCGAUCGCCCACUUGGCUUUAGGUCCAAAGGGCGACCGACAUCUGUUCUGCCAUCUUAGGGAGAGGCAGCAGCAGCAGAGGAGGGCUAGAGCAGCGGAGGCUAGCAGGGCGCUCAUAAGCGAAACCACAGCUUCGGAGGCAAUGGCUACCUCUGCACAUCAGACCUCUCCGGCAGGUAGUUCAGGCUCCGUAGGGUCAACAAGCUUUGCAGGGUCAACAGGCUUUGUAGGGUCAACUGACUCUAUAAGGUCAACGGUAGCGCAAGCUUUGAGUCAGUCCGCUGGCGUUAUGGCAAGCCAGCCAUUAGUGAUGACUCCCGAGGAGGUCGCCAUACAACGAGCAGCUGAUCGCGAGGCAAAGCUACAGCAGGCUUUGAGAGAGAUUAAGGCAGAAAAAGAAAUGACGAUUGGAAGAAGAGCCAGGAUGCAGCGAAGACAAGCGGACGUUAGUGAGUUAGAGGAGAUGGACCCUGAAGAGAUGGAUGAUGAUGUGAGGACCAUACGGUCGGUCUUGCUAAGUGUAGUUGAUGCAAGAUCACCAAAUGGAGAUCUUACAGGACAUCCAACAGAGUCUGGUUGUAUUAGUGGGGCGGAUGCAAACGACGCCAUCACCAUCCGGGCCAGGUACGGUAUGCACGACUUUGUGGUGAUCCCUUUUGGCCUUUGCAAUGCUCCUGGCACCUUUCAGCAUGCUAUGAAUCGGAUAUUCCAUGACUACUUGGAUAAGUUUGUCAUCGUGUACCUCAAUGACAUACUUAGUAAGACUGUCGAGGAGCACGUUGCCCACCUGGACAAAGUCCUCAGUCUCCAACAACAGCACAAGUUCAAGAUCAACGGUGAGAAGUGCGAGUUUGCCCGCACCCGUGUCUUGUACUUGGGUCAUGAGAUAUCCGCGGAAGGGUUGAAGCCCGAUGACGCGAAGGUGGCCAGUAUUCGUGAUUGGCCACGUCCGCAGUCUGUGACUGAGACUAGAUCUUUCUUAGGGAUGACAGGCUACUAUAGGACUUUCGUUAAGAACUAUAGCAUAGUGGCCGUCCCUUUGACUGAUCUGACCCGCCUUGACACCCCAUGGGAGUGGACAGACGAGUGCGAGGCUGCUUUCAGACAUCUGAAGCAUGCGUUGAUGCUUUACGAGGUCUUAAAACUUCCCGAUCCUGAUAAGUCGUUUAUAGUCACCACGUAUGCCAGCCAAUAUGGCAUUGGCGUCGUGCUUGCGCAGCAGGAGGGGCCAAAGUUGAGGCCUGUUGAGUACAUGUCCAAGAAAAUGUCGUCUCAGAAGAUGGCUAAGUCCACCUAUGAGAAGGAACUCUAUGCGGUUUACAAGGCUCUGACCCAUCGGAGGCACUAUCUCCUUGGGAGGCCCGGUGAGAGUUUGUCCAUGGACUUCAUGGAUACGCUGGUUACCAGCAAGAGUGGGAUGAGACACAUUUUCGUCAUUGUGGAUAGAUUAAGUAAGUAUGCUAGAUUAGUAGCUAUGCCGGAAACUGCGAAGACCGAGUACGUAAUCAGAUUGUUCAAAGAGAACUGGGUCAGGGCUUUUGGAUUGCCCAAAUCCAUAGUGAGCAACAGAGAUCCCCGCUUCACUAGCGAAUUGUGGAAUGCCGCUGCUGCAGAGCAGGGAACCCAGUUGCAGAUGACUUCUGGAAAUCACCCAGAGGCCAACGGUCAGGCCGAGCAACUGAAUCGCGUUGUACAACACCUGUUGAGGCAUUACAUCAAACCCAACCAGGUGGACUGGGAUGAGAAGCUUGCUCUCAUCGCCAGUCUGUACAACAAUGCUGUACACAGCGCCACCGGGGUGAGCCCACACAGUUUGCUAUUGACUUUCAAGCCUAGACUACCCUUAGACUUUCUCCUUCCUGAGAAUCAAUCAACUGCUGCACCAGGUACUUUAGAGUUUGCCUACAGGUAUGAACAGAAGAUGCAGCAGGCGGUAGAACAGAUGCAGAAGGCACAGGCAGCAAUGAUAGAGUCUGAGAAUAGACACCGCCGACAUUCUACGUUUCAGGUUCGRGACAGAGUYUGGGUAAAGUCCUCAGAACUAGGACAGGAGUAYGAGAUUUCCCGCAAACUCAUGCCACAGUACUUUGGGCCAUGGGAAGUCUWWGAUAUUGUCGGGACUGAUCCAGAUGGGCCAUCUUAUGUAAUCCGGAUCCCUGGUCAUCUCCGUACUUACCCUGUCUUUCACGCCUCCAAGCUUGCACCUUUCAAAGAAACAGAUCACUUUCCAUCUCGUCGUUCAAUGCUGCCCCCAACCAUGGAUGGAGAGGUGGAUAUCGAUGAUAUCGUGGACCACAGAGAGCUUCCAGGUUCAAGACCAACAGGCAGGGGACGUCCUCCGAAACCGAAGCUGCAGUACCGCGUUCGGUUUCGACAUCAUACUGAUCCUAAGGAGGACCGCUGGUUCACCAGGGAAGAACUUAUGCAGACCGCUCCUCAAGUUGUGGCUCAUUACGAGAAAUCUCUGCAGAAAGGAAAGCGCCCGAUGGUCGAAGACUGAGCUUCUCAGAGGACUGUUGAAGCUAAGGAGGAGGGAAUGCGAGGCCACUGCCUCUAUGAGCCCCAUUCG